CAGACAGUUCAGUUUUUAGAUAAGCCUGUUCAUCCUUUCUUGGUGCAAAUCGUUGAAGACCUCUGUAACGUCACCGGGAAAACCCCCCAACAGGAACCGCAAUGAAACGCCAGGAGUUUUAACUGCUAUCUGUUACACUUGGUGUCAACAGUGGUGUUUUCCCUCAAGAAAGUUGUUGGUCGCCGGCUGCCAUGUGAUCCGUGCGCCGAACCCGGCCAAAAAUGUCAACCGUGACUUGUAGCCUGUUGUCCGGUAAGCAACACCUCUCUUCCUCGGUGUCGUCCAACUGAACCGCAACACGUCGACUUUCUUUACCAGGCGGUCUUCCCCUCUUCUUAAAUUCAGCCUGAGUUUCCAGCGGAGUUAUCCGGUGAACAGGGAGUUUCAGCAGGGAACAACAUGCGCUCCUUAGCGGGACUGGCUGCCGUCGUGGCGGCGGCAAGUGUCUACCUCUACCUGCUGUCGGCUCAUCUUCCCCCGGGACCGAAGCAAGUCCAGCUGGACUCCGAGGGGGAGGACGAGGGAGUCCAGGAGUACAGGUUGAAAUUCCCAUCGGAUCUGGAUGAGCUACGGGAGCUUGCAGAGAUGCUCAAGUUUUAUAAAAGAGAACAUCACGGCUACGUUCUGCUGCUGUUCUGCAGCGCCUACCUCUACAAACAGUCCUUCGCAAUACCUGGCUCCUCCUUUCUGAACAUAUUAGCUGGUGCGAUAUUCGGGCCCUGGGAAGGUCUGGUGUUGGCCUGCCUGCUCACCACGUCAGGCUCCACAUUCUGCUUCCUGCUCUCCUCUGCGUUUGGAAAGCAGUACGUGGUUCAGUUCUUCCCUGAGAAGGUGUCCCGACUGCAGAGGAAGGUGGAGGAAAAUCGUAGCAGUUUGUUCUUCUUCCUCCUUUUCCUUCGUUUCUUCCCUAUGACUCCUAACUGGUUCCUUAACAUCACCUGUCCUGUCCUCAACAUCCCUAUGCCCAUUUUCUUCUUUUCUGUGCUAAUAGGUUUGAUCCCCUACAACUUCAUCUGUGUUCGUACGGGCUCCAUCCUCUCAGAGAUCUCCUCUCUGGAUGAUAUAUUCUCCUGGGGGACGCUGGCCCAGCUCCUGGCCAUCGCCCUCAUGGCUCUCGUGCCUGGAGCGCUGAUCAAAAAGUACAGCAAAUCCCACCUCAAGGUGGACGGCAUGGACAGUAAUGGAUCCAGUCAGGCUGAAAUCAAGCAGGACUGGAAGAGACGAUGAUUCUGGGAUGAAAGAGGAAUCGCCUGGUUUGGGAUUCCCAAACAAGACAUCGUGUUAGAAGAACUAAGAUGGAAAAAACUCUCUCCACUGGUGGGUAUGUGACCUUUUGUCUUCUCCAGCCUCGUGAUUUCUGUAAGGUCACACCAAAGGCUAAUCAUACUCAUAGUAUGAUAUGUAGUUUGAAAAUGUCUUCAGGUCACGUUACUUUAAGACUGCAGUUUCCCAAUGAUCUCUCAGUGCUAUUACACAGAGCUUAAGUUGCAGGGGAAUUGUUUGAGAUGGAUAAGGUCUAAGGUCCGCGGAUGGAGCCCAAAAGGUGAUUUGUACACUAUAGAGCUCUGUACUGAACACAGACACACUAAGUCCCUAGUUUCUUUUAAAUCACUUCUUAAAAUGUUUCUCUUUGUGAAAGCUUUUGGAAAUAUUUCAUGUUUUUUUUAUUUAUACUGUUUUUAUUUCUAUUUAUUUGAUUAUAUUAAUUUUCUUGUCUGUGCAUAUGUCCUUUGGCCUUUUUUUCUCAUUUGAUCUGUUUUUCAUGUUUUUAUUUCUUUUUGUGAAGCGCUUUCUUAAGGAAGUUGGAAGGUUUAAUGUCUUAACACAGGAAUGAUGACUUCUCCAAACUAUAUCUUCAGUUUCAGUUAAUCAUUGAGAUAUUGUGGAAAUAUGUAAUACUCUGUCACUGACCUGGUCAUCCUGUUUCCAUCCCAGAGCCAACUAAACGCUGCCUACCAUGCUG